CGUGCAACGACGAGGAAAAGUACCGCUAGUUUGCUCCACACCACGACGUCAGCAGCAUUCUUGCUCCACCUCCCGUCCGAGAAGGAGGCGUACGACACGCGAGGACAAGUUUCGCCCAACCUCGACGCGAUCCGACGCGAACCCCGAACCGGCUUCCGAGGAAGUAACCCCGCGACCGCGCAACCUUUGUAGAUCGACCCAGUAGAGAAAUACAGAUAAGUUAAGUAUUGUUUAGAAGAGUUGCCCUGCUUUCGCCUAAGUUUGGUCCGAUCGCAAAUCCGAUUUCCGCCUCCGAAAAGUGGUUCCUCCGUUGUCCACCAAGGGUGACCGCACCCGAGAGUCCGCCGUCGCCAAAAUUACAGUCCACACGCUCCGUAGUUCGGUCCCGACCGAACAUAUGGUCCUACCGACCCGGAUUGGACUUUCGUGUGCGCGCCGCCCCGGGGACAUCCGGAAGGAAAGUUCCGACAAAGUGCGCAAAAGAACUGUUCCGGAAGUGAGAUUUUUGAGCGGUGCCGAACCGAAGUAGCGCGAAUCUUUUGCUGCGAGCCGUGAAAGAUUUGACAGAACAGUGCGAAAAAGAAGAAGAAGAUUCCUGCUGAAGCAGAAAAGUGCGAAAAAAAGUGAAACAAACCCGUCGUCUGUGAAGGCAAACAUCCCUCUCGCGGAAACCACAUUCCGCUGCCAACGCUGUAGGCGAGCUGCAGCGUUCCGCAUCGAUUCUGUUGCCCUUUGAUUCCCCAUUUCACCAUGUGGAAGGCAAUGUUUACGAUGAAGCUGGAGGAUGCGUUCCAACAGCGAGUACAUGCCAUGCAAAAGAUCGCGAAUCUCCGGGAUGUCGUCCUCGAUCUGCAGAAUCCGACGCUAGCGCAGCUGACAAAGCUGCGUAAAACCCUUUGGGCAUUGUACGACGAGUACGGCCGAGCACACAGCUGCAUCGUCGGCAAUGUUCCGGAUGACGACCUCGCCCAGCAAGAAGUGGAAUACGACGCCUUCGACCAACUCUUCGAUGCAGUCAGCGUGCCAUUGGAGGAGAAGUUCAUUGCGCUGACGAACGCCAACCCGAAAACGAGUGUAAUGGACUACGUUGCACACCAGCAGAAGCUCUGGACGAUGUCAACGCCGACGAUCUACGAGAGCAACUACUGGGACACCCCGAUGAUGGCCUGUGAGUCCACCCAUCCGGAGCUCUCAGGACAAACCGCCAACUCGAACCUACGAUCCAGGCCCGAAAACCUGGACACGGAAGUGAUUUUGCGAAAUCACUCUCCGUCGACGAGCUACACGAGCUCACCACCCGAAACCCGGUCCAGGUCCCAAACCCUGGAAGCGGAUACGGCUUUGCGAAGUCGUAUGCCGCCAAAGAUCGAUCCAAUCCGCCCAUCCAAGCCCACAUCCGCGAGCGAUGUCUUGGACACCGAAGUGGUCAUGCGUGACCAGCUUCAACCGGCAACCGAUGCCAAUCCGACGGACCUCCCAGUGUCCGCAAUCUCCAGCGAAGAAACCGAAACCAGUGUCAAAUGCGUGCCUCUCGAACCGGCACAAGGAAACCCCAACGAAUCCGGAACCGGCCGUGUCCUCCCGGACGACGGUACCCACAUGACUGGUGCGCCAACUCCCGACAGUGUCCUGAACCACGAAGCAAGUCUGAUCGCAACAGACAACGGCAUCGAACCACAAGUCGAAACCGACGAGAGAUGGGAACUCGCAAUGCCGACGGUGACAACGCUCCUCAACACUGACCGCUGCUCAGAGGACAGCGGAUCCCGACCCGAAGCCGAGAUGAUGUCAACAGUGCUGCCAAGCUUUCCCGAACCCAACCUGUUCAACUCCAAACGUUCGCUCACGGACGGUGACGCACGAACGAAAGAACGCGAGCCGCUACCAGCGGUGAACCUCCGGAACGAAAAGGUGAAUUCUCUCCGUGUCGAGCACGGCAGCUCCCUGACGACCAUCCAACGGGACGCUGUAACCCUCCAGACCAGAGCAGAGCUAAAUCCGCCGCUGCCAACCGCUGCGAAAGCGCCCGAUAAACGAAGCCUAGCGAUAGCCUGUCCCAACCCGCCGCUCAACGACACCCACAGAACCCGGAAGAAGCACGCUGUCAACAAACCCGCAAACCCCAGCUCACGAAAGACGGACGGCGUUUCUCCAAAGUUCCCGGACCCGUUACACCCAGUGCUUUGCCGAGGCGCACCACACGAACAACGACCCACCAGCUCGACUUCUGGUGAUCUGCGAGACACAGGAGCUCCGGAACCCAAUCGCGUGAACGUGACACACCAACACCACGAAGAGAAACCUCCACAGAAACGAAAGUCCGAGACCGAGCAACUGACGAAGACGUGCGUGCGGUCUGAACGCAAAGGUGGUUCCAAGCACGCCCUCAAACGGCUUCAGCAUCGAGCAGCACCGAAGAAGAGCACCCCAACAAGCGAAGCGCUCAACCAUCGACCACUCCUGAACGAACCACUCGGCCUGCCGCAGAGAUGGCUCACUAUCGCCGCAGUUUUCUGGACCUGCCUGAAGCUUAACCGAACAAACGGCAGUCCCUGCUGCUCACGCUGCUGCUCCAAGCUAACAUCCAACUUGAAAGCCACCAUCGUCGAGUCCAGAACGAAGCCCAAAACCAAACGAAGCAGAUCACUUUGGACAACUUCAAGCACCACCGCUGCCGCACUUGUGAGUAUGCUCCCAAUUUUGCUUGCUUUUUGCCACACCAUACACGCCAAGUACCAUGAGAACGACUUCGUCGGUCGUGAAACCAGUUUCCCGAAGAACGGCCGUGGGCCGUGCGAACAGAUCGUCGCUCCGAAAGUCCGUCAAGGUCAACCGACGCGGUGUGAGCAGCCAAAAGGUUCGCCUACUACGAUUGCUUGAAGGCUGGCAGCGGAGCAAGAUUCCGAGCAACCCGCCGUACAGUUACUCCACAGUGCGGAUGUCCCGAAGCUGCAAUCGGCGCUACGAUGACGAUUCCAACUACACACGAGGAUGCCACCCUCGCAAACCGAUUAUCCAAGACGUCGGUGGACGAAGCCUGAUGAACGAUUCCGAACCAGCCCAUCGAAAGUGCUCCGUUGGCGAACGCACGCUGGAGAACAAAAAGCGGCCAACCGCUCAACACGAUGACCACACCAAGCUGUUCCACCGAGACUAUCGCCACUGGAUCAAACAAGCCUGCACGGUUGGUGGCGAGUUACCGCAGUGCGUCCUGCCCGAUAAUGGUUCCACACGCAUCACUCCAUCGACCACAAUGAACUCCCAGACCUGCCAAUGCGACUACAGCAGAUUGCCUGGGACCACCGAAGGUCCGCCCGAAGCAGCUGGAAAUGCUCAAACCAUGCCUUCACGAUGGAGACCGCCCACGAAGAACUUCGAUCCGCUACUUCUUCCCGUUGCUACGCAUCUGAUCAACAACUCAACACUCCGUUUCGACAUCAUCAACGCCAACCUGAUCAGCAAAAAUGUUGAAUCGAUGCUUCAACGGGGGGAGUAUGUUCCGUCCGGAAAGAGUUUAGCGUGCACUCGAGCGUUCCUGAAGGGAGCGCUAACCAAAACAAACCACACACACAAAGUGGAGGGAAAACGGCGCGUGCAACGACGAGGAAAAGUACCGCUAGUUUGCUCCACACCACGACGUCAGCAGCAUUCUUGCUCCACCUCCCGUCCGAGAAGGAGGCGUACGACACGCGAGGACAAGUUUCGCCCAACCUCGACGCGAUCCGACGCGAACCCCGAACCGGCUUCCGAGGAAGUAACCCCGCGACCGCGCAACCUUUGUAGAUCGACCCAGUAGAGAAAUACAGAUAAGUUAAGUAUUGUUUAGAAGAGUUGCCCUGCUUUCGCCUAAGUUUGGUCCGAUCGCAAAUCCGAUUUCCGCCUCCGAAAAUUGGUUCCUCCGUUGUCCACCAAGGGUGACCGCACCUGAGAGUCCGCCGUCGCCAAAAUUACAGUCCACACGCUCCGUAGUUCGGUCCCGACCGAACAGUGACAUUCUUGUGAUGUCGGGUAUGACUGUAUUGGUAUAUUUGAAAAUGCAUACAGCCUAGCCACCAGAGGUUCACGUAGAUUUGGCAUGAACAUCCAUAUGGAAAAUAACCACAUAUAUUUUCAUGCAACAUUGUGGUGAACAUUAUUUUGAGUGUACAACAAUGUUUGAAGAGGUUGCAUGAAAUUCCUGUCUGCAAAUUUCAAACCGGGCGAGCAGUCUGAGGACGAUCAGUCGGCUGCUGAUUCUCUUGAAGUGAACAUCGUUUAAUUUUUUGUCGGUUCAGCUGGUUAUUUUCUGACAUUCCUCGUCGCGCUGUUUCAGCCAUAUUAACAGUUCGAUGACCCUAAGGCCAAUUGAAACAUAAAUCCGGAGGUGCGCAAGGCCCAGCAAAACCAGGCCAUCAAACGUCGCAAAAUGGAGACAAGUAAGCUGAGAAAGGCGCUGGCAGGAACCAACAGAAAAUUAAGGCUGCUAAAGUGCUUCAGCAUACCGGCCCGCACACCGUUAGCGAAAAUCCGGAUACGUGAAUCAAAUUCAACAAAAAUAGGAGAAAUCCACCCAACUUAAACCCUUCACCCGGAAAGCAGCUAAAUUGGUAGUGAAUUGUGAUUAAUAGUGUUUUAUGAACUGUGAUUAAUAUUGUCCCGCCCGUGUGGAUCAAUCGGACCGCGCACUGGACUCCAAUCCAGAGGUCGCCGGUUCGAAUCCCGCGGCGGGCGCUCUAAAAUUCUUUGUGUAAAUAUGGGUAUUCGGCGCCGUCGCUCCGUGCCAUACUUUCAUACACUUAGGAGCCCAGGGCGGCGAAGUCCUUGUAGAUAAAAAAGAAGACACUAGUGGUUGGUACUAGCAAUGGUGGCCGACAGCUAUAAAGUCAACUUCGUUUUUUCGAUUAAUAUUGUGGUUUAAAGAUCGAAAAAUCAAAUCUUUUGACAAUAAAAAGUUCAAAGACUUGUGUAUUAUAAUUUUUUUAUCUGAAAAAGAAUAAUAAAAAUAAAGAAAUAACCCACUAAAAUGCCAUUUAAGGUUCAGGUGAGUUUGACAUUCAGGUCAUGUGAAUAUUGCAUGGAAAGCCAUGCUUAUUUCACGAGAAAUUCAUGCAAACCUUGCAUGAUGCGGUAGUGAAUAACCAUCGAGGGUCUGUGCACUGAGAUUCAGUUCCCACAUGACGUUCAUGUCACUGUUGCAUGAAAUGCCAAAUGGAAAAAAAUCACGUAUAUUUUCAUGCAACAUUGUGGUGAAAACUAUUUUGAGUGUAAACACAGCUGACUGUAAGCCACGCUUUAAAAUUUUUCAGGCAUAAAUUUCACGUAGCGUUUAAUUGCGUGAGUGCAGGCUAUGUGAGAAUCAAUUUGGGAUGACGUGAAUUCACUGUGAUAGUUGCAUGACUCCUGUAAAACGUUGUUCUGAACCAAAAAUGGACUGCCACUGGAAUUUUCAUGCAACUCUGUGGUGAAAGGUUUUUUGAGUGUAAUAUCCUAUCAGCACAAGCGAUCAUACGCUUCAACGAUCUAGUGAUGUUUCCCUUAUCAACAGCAUGCAUGAAUGCGCUGAAAAGAUAAAACAUCAAGAUCAUCAAAACUAGAGCUGCUGUAGAUAGGUAACAGUCAUUGGCCACCAACGGCGCCCGCCAUGUCAGUUUGUAGAUCUCGGGGGGAUUGGGACGGGAAUGUUAGUUAGCACAGGCUGCUACCAAGGGUGGGUUCUAUACGAUAUCCAAACCCCGGCGUGUGCCGGAAACCAUACUGGAACGAUUUAGUGCCUUCGACUAAGUGCAAGUAUUAUACUUGAUUUAACAUAUUUUCACAAUGGAAUGAUUUAGUGCCAUCGACUAAGUGCAAGUAUUGGGCUGAAAAUGAUAUUUUCUUAAAAUUCAAACUUGAUUCAACAUAUUUUCACACUGGAACGAUUUAGUGCCUUCGACUAGGUGCAAGUUUCGGGCUGAAAAUUAUAUUUUCUUGAAAUUCAAACUUGAUUCAACAUAUUUUCUUACUGGAAUAAUUAAGUGUCGACAAAG